AUUGCCAAGACACAGAGCGCCUAUGACUAAUUCGGGUUAGUACUCUAUCUACGCUCUACGUAAAGUCGUUAACCCGUCGCAUCACCCCAUACCGUUUCAUAAAUUCUGGAAGACAUCUAAAAAAAAUGGCAUUCGCGAUCGCAUCAGCAUCCGUCCUACUAGCUGUUAUGCUACUUCAUGUUUUCGACCCCUUCAACCUCGUCAUUUCCUCCGAAGUGGCAACGUUACCCGCUUCUUCCACCGCAGCGAUCGUUGUUCGUCCAGUUGUCACAGAUCUUACAAUAAGCUUUUCGUCUUCAUCCGGUCAACAUUUACCCAGUGGACUGGAUCCGCGCCAAUGGCACCGUGUAGAGAAGGAUCUCUAUCUAUAUACUUCCCGGCAAAGUGCGUGGCUGUACGUGGCCUUGAUGGAUGAACAAGAGCUUGGAGCUGAGGAUAUGAUGGUGGUGGAUAUUAGAGUUGGCAAGCAGCCGCCCAACCCAGGCUCAGCUAAUACGUGGGAAAGUCGACCUGGUGGAAUAUGGAUACUGAGAACCAAGUUUUCUGGUAAUAUCGGCCAAGCUGUGACACAUGUGGACGUACUCUUUGGCCCAGACGCUAUUGAUCCGCGCCCACAGUGGAAGCUGAUACGAUCGCCCCUACAAAUACAGACUCCUCGAGAUGCACAUGUUGCAAGUUUAACCAUUCUUCAUGGCAGGGCUGAGCCUCCACCAGAUGCUAAGGCAGGUUUGCGAGUUAGGGAGGACGGCAAAUUCAAGAUUAUCCAAAUUUCUGAUACGCAUAUGGUAACAGGUACUGGCAUCUGUAAAGAUGCUAUAGAUGCCCACGGAAACCAUCUUCCAGAGAAUAAGGCUGACCCAUUAACCGUCAAAUUUAUUGAAGAGGUCCUGGAUAUUGAGGGACCAGACCUUGUGGUGCUUACUGGAGAUCAGCUACAUCACGAUAUCCCAGACACCCAAUCCGCUCUCUUCAAGGUGGUUGCCCCUAUGAUUGCACGUUCAAUCCCGUUCGCAGCCGUCUUUGGGAACCAUGAUAGCGAGGGUAGAAACGCCCUAUCACGCACCGCCCAAAUGUCAAUACUCCAAAACUUACCCUUCAGCCUCUGCGAGCCGGGACCGGAGCACGUGGACGGUAUAGGCAACUACUAUAUCGAGAUUCUAGCCCAUUCCCCAGUACAGAUUCCAUUGGCGACCUUGUAUUUUCUGGAUUCACACGGGCAGGUGCCUAAGUCAAUAUAUGGUUCCAACUAUGAGCCAAUAAAGCAAAGUCAAAUCGACUGGUUUCUCGACACUACGAACGAGCACGGAAGCCGGCGCGGAAAAGGCAGUAGUAAUGGAAACUUUCAUCUGUCUAUAGUCUACCAACACAUACCUCUUCCUGAGUUUGGAUGCAGCAAUUUAGACAUACGCGGUGGAAAUCGAAGAGAGCCAACGGAAGCCCCCAGACGUAAUUCUCAUUUCUAUAAUGCCUUGGUCCAGAGUGGAAUAUCAGCCUUGGGCUGUGGGCACGACCACGUGAAUGACUUUUGCGCUCUGCUGCCAUUCAAACGACAACAAAACCGUUCAAAGACCCUGACUCGCCCUUGGCUGUGUCAUGCAGGUGGUAGCGGGUUCGGCGGAUAUAGCUCGGCGUGCUGA